UUGUAUGUAUGUUUGUACAUAUGUAUGUGUAUGUAUGUAUGUGUGUGUGUAUGUAUGUGUGUGUGUAUGUAUGUGUGUGUAUGUAUGUGUAUGUAUGUAUGUGUCCUUAUAUGCUUUCAUUUCUCUGUCUGUGCGUGUGUGUGUGUAUUUGUACAUACGUGCGCAAGUUUACAUUAUGUCUGUGUGUAUGUAUGUGUGUAUGUCUGUCUGCGUGUUUGUCUGUCUAUCUAUCUGUGUGUGUGUGUGUGUGUUUUUGCGUGCCCAAAUUUACAUUCCGUCUGUGUGUGUGUGUGUGUGUGUUGUAUGUGUGUGUGCGUGUGUGUGUGUGUGCGUGGUGUGUCUUUUGUUGGUGACCGAUAUGCCAGCGUCCAAAUGAUGUUGAUGUUCAUGAAGCUCCAUUAUGCGAUCCAUACUAACAAAUCAUCAAUUUAUCUUCAUUUCGUGUGUGUUUGUGUGUGCGCGUGUAUGUGCACGCAUACCUGUGUGUAUGUGUUGUGUGUCUGUAGAUAA